AUGGCCUCACCAGAGGUCUCAAACCGCCGCGCGCGCCCGCAGAGCACGCCGCAGGCUUUGCCGCAGGGCCAGGCCGAGUCGGGACACGUAUCUCUCGACACGCGCACCGCUAACGCGCCUCAGCCGGCUGGCCGCGGAAGGUACUCCAGCCUCCCGGCCCUGGCCAUCAAAACACUGCAGCAGGAGUUGGAAAACGUGGAAACAGUCGGCAGCUGGCUCGAAGAGGUCUUUGCAGCCAAGCUCGAAAGUUUACAGGCCCCGGAGGACGCCGCGCUUAGGAGAAUUGUUCUUGAACUUGACGACGUGAUCAGCGGCUGGUUCCUCAGUCGCACCCUCCCUGAAAAAGAGCGUUCGCGCUCCCCGUCGCGUUCGCCGACCAGUUCCAGCGAAAGGCGCAGCAUUUUAAUUACGAGGACGGGCACGGCGUCGUCGGCCUCUAAAGGCAGAGGCACGCCCAUUAACAAAUCGGUCACAUGGGCCGAGCGAGCCGCCACGCCACCAGCGGCGGCCCCAACGCCAAUUUUAACCCCGGCCACGCGCUCGUACCCGAUACGUACGACGCCCGGCAAUGCACCUGACAGCUCCGCAACUCCCUCCCAAUCGGGCCGGGACCGCUCCCAAGCCCCGAAACGUUUGACAGAACAGCCGUCCAACCGCAUCCUGAUCCGCGUAAAUGACAAAUUGCGGAUGGUGACGAGGGAGCCAUACGCGGUAACGACCAAACUGGCCGAAUUGGUCUCGGUGCCACACAGUGAAAUCCCAAACGCCAAGCGUACCCCCACGGGCUGGGGUGUUACGGUGGCCUCUGAGGAAACACGGCAAAAACUCCUCAACCCCAGCGCGGUCAAGGCCAUUAUGGACGCAUUGGACGCGCGGGAAGUCACUGUCCCGACAACCUGGCACACAUACGCCGUCUCUGGAGUGCCCCGAACGCUCAAUUGCCUGGACGGAAGAAAGGACGUACAUGAGGUAAUCCAGGAGGAGAUUACCGUGGCAGCAGGCCAGCAGCCAGUCAACUGGCAUAUUUCCAAACAUGGUUACGACCCACAUACGGCUGAGGGCACGUGGAUAGUGUCCUUCCUUCAACCCGUAAAGCCCUUUCAGCUUUUUGGAGUGUCGAGACGUGCGCGGAAGGUUGAAAAAUCACGCAAAAUUACACACCACCACGACGGUUGCCAGGGAUAUUGCGAAAUACGUCGCUGCGUACGGCAAGCGCGUUGCGGCAUAUGUGGUGAAGCAAAACAUGCGACAGAGGAAGAGCCGUGCAAGGCAGCCCCCAAAUGCGUUAAUUGCCACGGCCAUUUCCCAUCCGGACAUGAGAAUUGCCCUGCCCGACCUUUGGUGGUAAAUGGGAAGCUUGAACGACCUUCACAGCGUAAACUUAAGGGGAUUCGCAGGGGGGAAUGGCGCAGUGGUUAAGCGCCAUGGCUGUUACUUGAGUAACGAUAACCCGGCUGGCUAUCGACAACAACCACCCGCCUGUGCCGUCGAGCCCACACUUGUUGGGAACUUCGUCUCCAUGGCUACAAACGACCGACAGCUCCGCUGUUUGGACACAGGCCCCUCUCGAUGAAGAGCCGUCAACUGCCGUCAGACGAAUCCUCCGUGCGCCUGAAGGCACGGGGUCGCGUCAGUGAACAAACCUGUAAGCAGGACCGGGCACGAACCCGGUCAGGCUCGAUUCGCUUCUAUGCCCUUGUUUUCCGCUGUGUAAAUAGAGAAAAUAGAAAGCGCGCCGAGAUACCCCUCGGGAGGUUGCUAACGGCCGGCUAAUGAGCCGGGCCGAGCCCGGCGUUAAAUAAUACUACUACUACUACUACUAAGGGGAUUCGCAGAAUCGGAC